CCGUUCCUACACAAAGAAGACAUCCACGCGCCAUCCACCACACCCUACACCAAGCAGAAGACACCCACGCGCAUCCACCACAGCCAACCAAGAUGGUCUCCAACAGCGGAGCCCUGGGUUUCCCUAGGAUGGGACCGAACCGCGAGAUGAAGUUCGCGUUGGAGAAGCACUGGAGGGGGAAGAUGGACGAGGCCAGCAUGCUCGCUAUCGCCCGCGAUGUCGAGCAGCAGGCCUGGGGCAUUCAGAUGGAUGCCGGGGUGGGACUCAUCUCGGCCGGGGACCACUGCCUGUACGACAACAUGCUGGCUUGGACCGAAUUUCUUGGCGCCGUGCCGAAGCGCCAUGCUCACCUCCCCCCCGGCAACGAGCGCAUGUUCGCCAUGGCGAGGGGCAUCGACAACGCCCCCGCCCUCGACAUGACCAAGUUUUUCGACACGAACUACCACUACGAAGUUCCCGAGCUCGAGACUCCCGUCGCUCUGCAGCCCAACUUUGCCAGCUACCUGGAGACCAUAUCCCGCGGAAUCGCCAAGGUGGGGGCGAACCGGACCGCGCCGGUCGUGCUAGGCCCCGUGACCUGGGUGCACCUGGCCAGGCAUGCCAAUGCCGAGGCGUCGGAGGAGGCGACGACCGCGCUCAAGGACCAGUACCUUGACGCCAUCCUCCCCGUCUACGCGACCUUGAUGGGCAAGCUGGCCGCCAUGGGCGUACAAGAGGUUCAGCUGCACGAGCCGGCCCUGGUCAUGUGGGAUUCUUCCAAGACCCUUGCCGCCAUGUUCAAGAAGGCCUACUUCGCCAGCAAGGCGUGCCCGAUGCUAUCCGCGGAUGUGAAGGUGAACCUCGUGACCUUUUUCGAGGACGUCGGCGCGGAAGCAUACCAGUGGGUCACCGCCCUCCCCGUCAGCGUCAUCAGCCUGGACUUCACCCGCGGGGACUCCCUCAAGCUCGUCAAGGACCACGGCUUUCCCAAGGACAAGGUUCUGGGUGCGGGGAUCAUCGACGGCCGGUCCCCCUGGGCGAUGGAGCCUGCCAAGGUGGUGCCGCUCGUGCGCGAGGUGGCGUCGGCCGUCAUGCCAGGCAACCCGAACGGAAACGUCAACAUCCGGGUCCAGGCCUCCUGCAACCUGCAGUUCGUUCCCUGGGACGUGACAUGCGAGGAAGACCUGGCCGAGAAGGUCGGCGGCGACGUGCUCGCGUUCGCCGUGCAGAAGGUGCAGGAGAUCGUCGCCCUGGCGGAAGCCGUUCCGAAAAUCACGGCCGGAAAGGAGGCCAAGGACAUUUUCCCCGUACUCGACAAGGCGUGGAAGGCUUUCAGCGUGAGCGUCACCGACAACACCAACACCGCCAAGCGUCUUGCCGGUCUGACCGAGGCGUCGUUCUCCAGGCCUGCACCGUUCAAGGAACGCGUCGCGGCGCAGCAGAAGUCCCUGAAACUCCCCGUCCUGCCCACGACGACGAUCGGGAUCCCUCACGUAAUGCAGUUUUUCAACCUCACGGCACCAAACACAAUGAUGGCCAAGCCAAAAGAAACAGGGAGAAUGCUUCGAGAUCAAUCUUAUCUCACACUUCUUGCCCGCCCUUCACGUUUGAUUUGCCAGUCGUACGGUAGCCGCUGCGUCCGCCCUCCCAUCAUCCACGGGGACGUGUCCCGUCCUACCGCGAUGACCACGAGGGAGUUCAAGGUAGCCCAGGAGCUGACCCCCCGUCCGGUGAAAGGGAUGCUGACGGGACCUGUCACCAUCCUCAACUGGUCCUUCCCUCGCCUCGACGUCUCUCGCAAGGAGCAGGCCUUUCAGAUCGCGUUGGCCAUUUCUGACGAGGUCGCCGACCUCGAGGCUGCCGGCUGCAAGGUCAUUCAGGUCGACGAACCAGCCCUCAGGGAGGGACUGCCUCUCAAGCCCCUCAAGAAAGCCGACUACCUGAAGUGGGCUACGGAUUCGUUCCUCCUGGCCACGGCGAUCGCCAAGCCAGAGACGUCGAUCCACACGCACAUGUGCUACUGUGACUUCGGAGACUGCAUGGAGGCCAUCGACAGGCUCGAUGCAGACGUCAACAGCAUCGAAAAUGGUGCGUCACGGUCAGAGUCGUUCAAGGAAUUCAACUACAAGAAGGGACUGGGCCCCGGGCUGUACGACAUCCACUCUCCGGUCGUACCCCCCGUGACCACUCUGCAGGACAAACUUGAAGGCUUCCUCAAAGUGCUUCCGAAGGAGCAGCUUGUCUGCAACCCGGACUGCGGACUCAAGACUCGCACUUGGCCUCAGGUGCUUGGCGCCUUGCGGAACCUGGUCGAGGCCACCCGCAACGUGCGGACCCUUUGCGGUAUCAGUGACGCGUCCGGACAGGCGGCGACGUUGCUGAGCGGUGGGCACGCCGCCUGCUGCACUCCCGCAGCCGCUCACUAGAGGCCGGCUCGCCCGCGUGACUAUUGACGCGUUGGCGAUAUUUUUGCUUGCGGGCUCAAAGGGAAACUGACCAUCCAGACCGUGUUUUCUCAAUGAAUCGUAGCAGUACAG